ACGGUUGUUGGCAAGCUGCUCUGGAGGGUCUGCUGGGCUUCUUUCUCUGAGUACAACUCUGGCCGCUGGAUUCCCCUUCCUAGUUUUAGGUCCUUUUUAUGUAAAUUGCACAAAAAUGAAAAGAAAGGUGGUGAAUGCUGGCAAGCUGAGAUUAAGUCCUAAUGAAGAAGCCUUUGUUUUGAGAGAAGAUUAUGAAAGAAGACGAAAACUAAGGUUGCUACAGGUUCGAGAACAAGAAAAGGAUAUUGCUUUACAGAUAAGAGAAGACAUAAAGCAGAGGAGAACUCAGCAGUUUGCUCGUUUGGCAGAGGAGCUAAGGGCAGAAUGGGAAGAAUCACAAACUCAGAAAAUACAGAACUUGGAAAAACUGUAUUUGGCAAGUUUAAAAAGUAUGGGAGAGGGACAUCGACAGGCCAAAGAAAAUGAACCUAAUUUGGAUGCUCUGGCACGGCAGACAGCAGAAAGGAAAAGAAAAGCAGAAAUGAGGCAUAAAGAAGCCUUGAAAGUACAGAAAAAUCAAAAAGAAAUAUUAAUGAGACAAAAAAACUGGCAUAUAAAAGCUCGGAAGGAAGCACUGCUUGUAGAAAAAGAGAGGUCUGCCAAAAUUACAAGUCUGCCUCCCCCUGCUCCAGCUCCUUUUGAGAAUAUUGAAGUAAAAAGAGUUUCUUCAGUGAAAACCAGUAGUUCUACCUAUCAUCAUAUUUCCGCUUUUGUGAGUAGACAGAUGGAAACAAAGCAGCCAGAUGCUCAUUUGGCUGCCGAAGAUGAAGCUAAACGAUUGGAGGAACUGCAAAAACAGGCAGCACAAGAGAGACUGGAACAGCUCGAAAAGGCACAUGCACGGGGUUUCCAAGCCAUGAAAAAGAUCCAUUUGGCCCAAAAUCAAGAGAAACUAAUGAAAGAACUCAAACAGCUACAACAAGAAGACCUGGCUCGUAGGAAACUGACUGUAGCACAGAUGCCACCACAGCUAGUUGAACUUCCAUACAAACGCAGUGAAAUGAAAGAAGACUGGCAGAGAGAACUGGAAUUUGCAUUUGAAGAUAUGUACAAUGCAGACAGGAAGGUGAAAGGAAACCUGGUCUUGCAUCUUGAACCAGAACCUUUGCCCACUGUGACUGAUCAGAUGCAAGAUGAAGAAUUGGACCUUUCAGUGGACCAAGAAAAUAUAGGUGAAGCUGAGAACCUUCCACUGACAGAAGCUGAAAUACGUUCUAGUGAAACAGACGAUCCCUUGUCAAUAAAGACCCAAGAGGUCCCUUCAAAAGUUCUUUUCAAAAGGUUAUUAAAUAAGAUUCGUAAUCAAAAAUCUCUCUGGACAAUUAAAUCCGUGUCUGAAGAUGAAAGUGAAAUGAUUACGACCGUUAGUGAAACUGAGAGUAAAGCACGAACAAUUGAAUCUGGAACAAUUACCAGUGAGGAAGGAAUGCUAUCCACGGAGCAGGAACAAGUUAUGGAAAGUGAUAUACUGACAAUUGAGUCUGGACCAUUUACUAGUGAAGAUGAGCCACUUUCAUGUGGAAAGGAACAAGAAAUCAAUGAGACUCUACCUGUCACAGCUGUACCUCAGAGUUCAGUUCUACUUCACCCUCAAGAGGAAGCAGUCAGAGUUAGAAUGUCAGCAAGGCAGAAACAGAUAAUGGAAAUAGAAGAGCAGAAGCAAAAGCAGUUGGAAUUACUUGAACAAAUUGAACAACAGAAAUUAAGACUAGAAACUGACUGCUUCAGGGCUCAGCUGGAAGAAGAAAGAAGAAAAAGAGCUCAACGAACUGCGGUCGGCACUACUUCAGUAUCAUUCCCUGUAUUUUCUGAUGAAGAUAGUCAUAGGCAGAUGAUUCAUAACUACCAACAGCAGCUUUUACAACAAAACAGGUUACACAAGCAAUCUGUGGAAAUAGCCAGGAGACGAUUACUUGAAUAUCAGGUUAUGUUAAAAGAAAGGUACCCAUCAACAUCAGCUACAUCAUUGAUACCUGAUUCCAUUAUAGCAGUACCAACACAGGAAUCUGAAAAAUCCACUGCUGCAUCACAAGAUUGGGAUCCAAGUCAGAGAUUCAAGUUGACUCUUAACAAAUAUCAACCCAUUCAUAUCUCGAAAUUAAAGCAAGACUGUAUUCAUGUACCAAGACAAAGUCAGUCUCCACAGAUAGAAACAAAAGAAACAUCAAGCACUUCAGAUCUUUUAGCCAAGCAGUCUUUGGAGUCACAAAAACACUUAGGGCCAUUCUCUCAGAUUGAAACUCAAAAGGGAGACUAUAAAUUAAUCCCUAAAGGUUUACAUGUAUUUUCAAGUGCUUUGUCACAUGAUAGGCAGCUGCUGUUACAGGACACUCAAGAAACAUCUGAAACAUUGAGGCCAACAACUUCUCAAGCUGUAGAUGCCUAUCAAGUAGUGGCAGAGGACAGUGAAAAUGUAUCUUUGAAACUUACUGAACCUGCGUUCCUACCACUGGUACCUGAGCAUUCUUUUACUAUUCUCCCUAGUAAAGUUGAGUCUGAAAAAAUUCAAGAACCCUUUUCAGCCAUGAAUAAAAGUGCAGUUUCUGUAAGCCAUGCUGUAGUCAGCCAAAUGCGUGGUCGACCUUUUCCAUCCUCAGACACUAUCAUAGCCCAGCAAGAUAAUUUGAAGGCUCUUCAAGAACAGUUAGAACUACAGAAGGAAGUUCUUCAGGCAAGACGGGAAGCUCAGGAACAAUUUCUUUUGUGCAAACAGAAAGAAUUAGAAGAGCAGACUGGUCUCUCUAUAUUCUUCCCAGUGGUUGCUUCAGAUUCAUUUGUUUCACUGCCUUCUGCCAAAGCUGACUGUGGGAGAAUCCAGGAACCUUCUCCAACCAGGAAUAGUCCUUCAGUUUUCUCAGGCCAUCCUGUGGUUCCACAUCUUCAAGGUAGUCUUUUGAGUUUUUCACAGCCUAUCUUAUCACAACAAAAUAAAUUUAAAUUUCUCCAAGAACCUUUAAAGAUUCAAAGAGAUAAUCAGGCUAGGAGAGAAGCUCAAGAAGUCUUAUUUGUACAUAAACAGAGUGAAGUGGAUGGAAGACUAUGUUCUGAACAGGCUGAGCCCUCUUCUCUGCCAUAUCAGGUAGCUCAGCAUACAUUUACUUUUCCUGACAGAAAAUCUGAGCAAAUCCAGGAGCAGCAUUUAUCCAGCAGUGAAAAAGGGCUUCUUUCAAGUGGGGCUGAAAUCCCAAAAUCUCAGGAUGGGUCAUCAGAUUUCCUACAGCAGUUUCUACCUCAUGGUAAUUUGAAGUUGCUCCAAGAAGAGGUGACUCCACAGAGGGAUACCCUUCCGGCUAGAUGUGAUACACAAGUGAAAUUGCUUUCCCAUGGUCAAAGGGGUGUGGAGGAUAAUUUGCCUGGGCAAAUCAGUUCUUCAUCCUUACAAAUGGUUAUUCAGCAUUCAGAUACCUCACAAACUUCUGCUAAUGUUGAACCCAAAAGAUUUCCUCGUUCAUCUGAGGAGAAUAUAAUUCCCUUUAGUCAUUUGGUGAUUCUACCAUUUCAAGAUAAGUCUCUUAAUUUCUCACAGCACAGCCUCCCUCAGCAAGAUAAUUUGACAGCACUCCAGGAGCAGUCACACAUACAGAGGGUAAUACUUGAUGCUAGACAGGAAAGUCAGGAAUUUGUAUGUAAACAAAGUGAGUUGGAAAAAAGGAUUUCUUCUGAACAGACUGGUACCUCUUCAUCUUUACCUCAGGUAGCUGACUCUGAAAGAUUCCAGGAGUUUAUGUCAGUCACAAGUGAUGUUAAGGGUUCCUUUAGGCAUUCUAAGAGUACUACAUUGCAGGAAAGACUUUCACACCAUAUACUACCACAGCAAGAUAAUUUGAAGGAACUCCAAGAGAAAGAGGUCUUGCAUCUUAGUCAGAAAACCCCAGAAAAUACAUCUUCUGAACAAACUGGCUUGUCUUCAUUUGAACCUCAAGUAAGACAACUGUUAUUUGCAUCAUUACGUUCUGUUGGCUCUAGUACAAGCCAGGAACCUCAGUCAACAGAAAGUGAUAGUAAAAUUCCUUCAAGCCGUUUUCAGAUCCCAGAAUUGCAGGAUAGGCUUUUAAAGAUGUCACAACUUAUUCAGCCUCAGCAAGAUAAUUUGAAGGCACUGCAAGAAAAGCUAGCUACACAGAGGGAGGCCAUCAUUCAAUCUAGACAGGAAGCUGAGGAAAAAAUACUUCUACUUAAGCAGAAUGGGUGGAAGGGGAGAAAAUCUGAGCAGGCUAGUAUUUCCUCACCCUUAGGAGCACAACAUUCAUUUGCUUCAUUAGCUCCUACUGAAUCUGACCAAACCCAAGAACUUUGGCCUGCAGAUAGUGAUAACACAAUUUCAGGUCAUUGUGAAAUACAGAGAUUGCCUGACAGGCUGUUGAAUUUAUCACAUCCUGUUUUACUUCAACAAAAUAAUCUGAUUGCACUUCAAGAGCACAUGCAUACACAGACAAAUUCCUUUCCUUCUACUGAGAAAACCCAGAAAGAAUUAAUAUUGCCCAGACAAUACAAAUGUGAGGAAAAGAUACCUUCUGAGCAUUUUAUCCAAUCUCACCAUGGUGAUUUGAAGGCACUUCAGCAGCAGUUAGAUACACAGAGGAAAGCCAUUCGAUAUGGACAGAAAGUCCAAGAAGAACUGCUUUUGCAAAGGUUGAAUCAGUUGGAACAAAGGGUGUCAUCUGAGCAGAUUAGCUCCUCUUCGCUUCCAUCCCAAAUUGCAUUGCCUGCUGCCUAUUCUGAAACAGUUGGGAAGAUUUUCCUAACCAAAGGUGAUGAUGGUGAGACCCAGGCAUCACAGACAGCACAGUUGGAAUUAGAUGGGGAAAUGGUGCAUUCUACAGAGAAAUGUCAAGAAGAACUGCUUUUAAACAAGCAAAGUAAGUUGGGUGAAAGUGAAUCUGCUGAGUAUGCCAUUUCCUCUUUGUUUCUGUCCAAGGAAGCAGAGCAUUCAUUCAUUCCACUACCUUUUGCAGAAGCUAAACCUCAAAGCAUUUGUGAAUUGUAUUUAUCUGAGAAUGAACAUGCUGCUACCUCUAGUGAUUCUGUGAUCCCAAGAUUUCAGGAUAGACUGUUGAGCUGCUCACAGCCUGUUUUAGUUCAGCAAGAUAAUGCAGGUCUUUGCGAACAGUUGGAUCUACAAAGGGAAUUCCUACAAUACAGCCAAAAAGCCCAGGCAGAAUUGCUCGUACAGAGAAGAACAGCACUACAGCAGCACACGCAAAAACAUCAAGAGACAUUGAAGGGUUUCAUUACAGACAGCCAGGCAAGCAAGCUUACAGUUCAAAAUGAUUUUUUUAAAAUGCAGACAGUGGAACAGCUGAGAGAGUGGCCUCCUCAUGUGGAAGACCUAGCAAGAGGAGAUCCAGGAAGUAUCUGUCAUGCAGAUAAGAGUAAUUCUGAUGAUCAUCAGCUGCUUUUAGAAGAUGUCAGUUCCAAGCAGAGCAGUGAGCCUCUGCACAAAGAACCAGGUAGAAGAGCCUCAAAGCCACCUGUGGCAAAAGUUAAAUGUGGAUUGGAUUUAAUUCAACAUGAACUUAGUGCUAUACAAGAAGUAGAAUCACCGGCAAGUGGCAGAACUUCUGUACCAGGUAAACCAGAGUUUUCUCAAGACAGAGACCCCCUGAGAGUCUCAGUAAGCCGAGAACAGAGUUUCCUGGGGAGCCCACAGCCCAGUGAUCCAUUUGGUGGUCUUCUGCCUACUCCUCAGGAGCAAGCCUGUGGUGAUGACUAUGAUGAUGAAGCAGUCAAGGUCAAGGAAUCUGAUGUUGAAAAUCAUGCCGUGUUAAGUUAUGCUGCUGAGGAAGCGGAGCACACAUGUCUGGGUCAGGCUGUGAGGCCAGAUGAUAAGGCUGAAACACAAGAUAUUUCUCAUGAGCCUUUAUCUCCAAUAACUGUUUCUACUGGCAGUUUUUUAAGUUAUGAUAAUACAGAUUUGAGCCUUAUGGAUCCAGUUGACUUUGACUUUCCAGAACUAGAACACAUUUUUCCAAAUUUGCAUCGUCAGCUCUUCAAACCAUUAGAACCACAUCCAGAUUUUGAUUUAUCAUCAUCAUCGUCUGGGGUUUCUCAAGACAACAGAGAUUUUUACCAGAGCUCAGAUUGUUCAUCUGAAACACCCUAUGCUGAUGUAUCAUCCAGAAGUACAGUUUCUUUCACAGCACUGAGAAGGACCAGCUUGCAUUCUUUUAAUAUAAGCCUGACCCAGCAACCAGACCCUAAUGUGGCUAAUGCUAUUGCUCAGAGUUUUGCUACAGAAACUGUUGAAGGAUCUGAACAGUCUUUUCAACAACUUCUGCCAGAAUUUCCAUCACAGGAGGGGAAUCAGCAUGCUGAUCUACCAAGUAUUUUUAGCAUUGAAGCAAGAGAUGCUUUUCAAGGCAUGAAAAAUGAGAACCAUCCAUCAGAACAGACUGACAUACUACAAAAUAAGAAAAAAAGUGUUCAUUUCCAGCUAUCUGUAGGAAACUUCAGUUCAGCCUGUAGUUCAUCUGAUGAAACAAAUACAUAUGAACAGUUGCAUGUGCAGCAUAGCACUCCAUGUGGCUCUACCUCUAGUGAGUCCUUGAUAAAACACCAACUACCGGUAGAAAGCAAAGAAGAAAGGUUGAGCUUUGAAGACCUAUCAGAAAGAGAGACUGUUACAAUGUUACAAAGUCAAGGACUCUCUGAAGAUGAUAAAAAUGAAACCUGUAGGGUUUUAGCUAUAAAUCCACAUGUAGAAGAAACUGACUCUGAAUUAUGUGUAAGAACAGUUGAAAUGGGAACUUCAGAUCAGACACCACAGUCAUUAAGUACCCAAAAUGAAAAAUAUUUUGAGAAGUCAGUUGAACCUCCAGAAAUCAUAAAAAACCUAUCUCAGCCAGCACUGGCUGAGCCCUUUCUAAGUUGUGGAUCAUUUUCAUUACGGAACUCUAUUCCAUUCUGGGAGACAGAAUCUGGCCAUGGUAUAAUGGAAGAACCAGAACUUACUUUGGUAAGCACCAGUGAUAUCAGUAUUGCUGAAACAGAUUUUGCAAACUUAACCCUUGAAGAAAAGACAGAGAAUGAAACACAAAGCGGUUUUCAGGUGAGUGAAUUUGUGCCUGCUGUGUCAGAAACAGAAACCUCAGUUUAUCCAUUUGUAUCAGAGCUUUCUAUGGAGAAAUCAACAUUAUCUACAGCUGUACCAGAGAGCUUACAAGAAGCAUUUGCUAAGAGAAAAAAAUCAUUUAUGGAGAGAUCCUACCAAAGGCAGAAAGAAGUAUGGAGUAAAACUCGAGUUUCUGAACGUUCCCAAUUCAAAACAGUUAAGGAAAAGUCAUCCAUAGGUUCUUCUCUGAGUAGCCUCAAGGGUACGAGUAAAGUUAGAGUGUGUCUUCCUGAAGAAAGAAGGAUGGAACAGGCACUCAUACAUAAAAGGUCUACAAGGUUAUAUAAUCAGUUAUCUGAAAUAAAACAACAAAAGGAAGAGAAAGCAAAACAAGAAGCUUAUGUUUUGAGACAAAACAGAGCAAGAGCCAAAGAAUUUCAUAAGAAAACACUAGAGAAACUUCGAGCCAAAAGUAUGUGCUGACUUUCUUCAACAUGUCUAAAGCUUUUAAAUAAAGGACAUAAAGCAAAAA